AUGGCUUAUGACAAGUACAUGGCCAUUUGCCAGCCUCUCUACUACAGCUCUUACUACAUGAAGCAGGAACUGUGUGUCUCCUUCGCUGGAUCCUGGUUCCUCUGUUGUAUCCACACCCUGUUGCUCACCCUCCUCUUGGUCCAAUUGUCUUUCUGUAUGGACAACACCAUCCCCCACUUCUUCUGUAACCUCAGUACACUCCUGAGGUUGAGCUGUUCAGACCCCUCCCUCAAUGAGCUGGUCAUCUUUCCUGUGGGAGGAAGCCUUUUUAUCCUGCCUUUGAGUACUAUCUUGGGUUCAUUUAUUCAUAUAGGGAUUGCAUUUCUGAGGGUCUCUUCCACCAGGAGAACCUUUAAAGUUUGUUCCACCUGUGGUUCCCACCUCUUUGUGGUGUCUUUAUCCUAUGGGACCCUUGCUGGUGUUUCCUUUUUAUCCUCAUCAUUGGACUCCAAUGACAAAGUCAUAAUCAGAUCCGUCGUGUAUGCAGUAGUUACUCCCUUGCUGAACACCUUCAUGUCCAGCCUCCGGAAUAGAGACAUAAAACAGGCCCUAGAGAUAUUUGUAAAUAGGGCUAACUUCUUGAAGUUAUAA